GAUUCAGACGAGUCGACUCAUUAAACCAUUCAUAAUUUGAAUGAACCGAAUCUCUUAAAUGAAUCAGACUCGUGCGUAAAGACAGAGUACAGAACAUAAAAGGUGCUCAGUGCGCUUCAGCCGCAAUCGACGCGGAGCUUCAUUUUCUGUCUGUAGACACUGAACCAGCGCUUUAUUUCAAAUGAAGCGUCCUCUCAUUCCACUAAUAAGUUUUUAUACGUGAUAUAACAGCUGUCUUCGCCAUGAGCUGCUUGGAUGUCAUGUAUCAAGUUUAUGGUCCACCUCAGCCUUAUUUUGCCGCAGCAUACACACCUUAUCACCAUCAGAAAUUGGCAUUUUAUUCGAAAAUGCAAGAAUCACCAGAAACAGUCAGUGGAAGCAGCUCUUCCUUUUCCAACCUCUCCGGGCCACCCAUAAAAGAGGAGGACUGCACCCGAGAGAAAGAUCACCCACCGGAGGCGGAGUACAUCAGCUCCAGAUGUGUUCUUUUCACGUAUUUCCAAGGGGACAUCAGUUCGGUGGUGGAUGAACAUUUCAGUCGAGCUUUGAGUCAGUCUAAUAGUUACGCACCUGGAUCCACCAACAGCAAGACCGCGAGAGGUACAUCGUCCUGGAGAGAAGGCUCAUUCCCUAUGAGCCAGAGAAGCUUCCCUCCCUCGUUCUGGAACAGCGCGUAUCAGCCGUCGGUCUCAGCAUCUCUCAGCAGCGCCCUGGGUUCCUCCCACACAGACCUCCCCUUCUCAGCGGACCCUUAUUCCACCGCGUCUCUACACAGCCACCUCCACCAAGCCACCCCGGAGCCCUGGCACCCCUCUCACCACCAUCACCCUUACUCACUCAGCGGAGCCAUCGGCACCCAGGGAUCCGCUUACCCCCGGCCCUCCAUGCACGACAUGUACGGAACGCACUUUGACCCCCGUUACAGCUCUCUGCUUGUCCCCUCGGUCCGGCCGCAUAGACUUCCCCCAGCCACGGUGCCCGCACCUGGAGCCUCGCCGUGCGAUAUCAGCAAGAGCGAGCCGGGCAGCUCGGCGUGGACCGGAGCUUUCACGGCGGCGAGCUCUGAUAUGAGUCUGAACAUGGAUACAGGUCUACAGAGCCAGGAUAAGAGCAAGGACUUGUACUGGUUUUAGUGCCCUGCGGCCACUUCUUUCUCCACUGGCUUGUCUUUCUCUGGCUUUUCUGUAACAGAUUCUCAUCUCACUUGCAGCUCGGCGCUACACCCUCUGCAGCGGGACCAUCCUAAGCUGAAAGUGGAUAAGAACCCUUCGGAUGAGUGCAAAAAUCUCUCGGUAAAGUGGAGCAAACAUACUGUAGUGGUGUGACUAGCAGCUGCUCUCGCCCCUUCCCUCCCCCGACCCUGAACGCUCUCGGCAGAACGGACCCAAAAUGAGAUUUAAAAAAAGACAAAUGUUACUUUAAGGGGACAUUUGAGAGCCAAACUUGGAGAAAAGACGGACUGGCUACGUGAAGACUUUUCUUUUGACCAGAAAUGAGAGUUUCUGAUGAGAGAGAGCAGCAUUCCCUAUCAUCGCUGAAGACAGAGAAGGGCUAUUUGAAGCCACUUGACUCUAUCUAUAUUGCUUUCAGCACCUGUCAUCGACAACUGUUGUGGAACUUAGCAGACGCACAGACAACGGCGCUAUGUGUCGUUUGACCGAGCGAGCGCCCUGGAUUUCAUAAAAGAGGCGUUUUGUUGAAUCUGGACACACGGCGGAAGGGAACAACUGGUUUGGCUUUUCAUUUUUUUUGAGGCGUGGUGUGGGUUCGGCUGGAAGUAGAUACAAACACUAUUAAGCCGUACUGUAUAUACUUUAUGUGUCUUAGUGUGUCCAGUGCUACAUGUAGGAUCAAACAGCAUGAUGAUAUGCAUCAGAAAUAUUGAUUCUUUCAUUUGUACUUUUUUAAGAACCACUUUUAGUCGCCGUCAGCUUUGGUUGACGUCUCACCACGAUGUAUUUGAAUGUAUAACAUGUAAUAUAUUACCUUUGAAAGUAUUUUUCCAGUGCAUUGAGGAAAAUGAGGUAUUAUGUUUUUAUCAGUUGUGUAUCUUCAUCCUUUGAAGCAAAAAUGGAAAUAAAACCGGGUGAUACACUUUUUUUGUUUGCCCUUAAAGGGAUAGUUCACCCAAAAAUUUAAAUUCUGUCAUCAUUUACUCACCCUCAUGUCGUUCUAAAC